AUGGAUAUUGGCCGCGUUUUGUGAGAUUUUUAUUGGAAUAUGCGUCGUUUUUUCGAUUUUCCCAUCUCUCUACAGCUCAAAAGUUCAGUUUUUUCCCCUUUUUCUCAUAAUAAAACGGGACGAAAAGAAAUUUUUUGGUUGGGAAAAAAUCCAGUCCGCCGGGCUUUUUUUUGCAAAAAAAAAAACAGUUGUUUGAUGUGUUCGACCGAACUUCUGAGAGCUCUGGUGCUUUGCCAAUUUUCGGGUUUUUUAUUAAAAUUAGUAUAAAUUCGAUAAAUCAAUAAAAUGAAAUUAUGAAUUUAGGAAACCAAAAUUGUCUCAAAGUUCGAAAAAAAGGUUAGAUUUUGCAAAAAAAUGGAUGAAAAAAAUAAACUUUUUUUUUCUUUUUUUAAAAUUUCUAUCACUUUUUUUCAUACCAGAACAGCGUUUGGAAAAAAACUAUAGAAAAAAAUCGAAAAAAAUGAACUGAGGAAAAGUGAAAAAAAUUGAGAAACUUAAAAAACUUUCUAACUGAAUAUUUCAUUUCACAGUUCAAAAUAAUAGCAAAAAAGUCGAAAAAACAUAAUCUAAAAAAAAUAAUUUUUUAACAAGUCUUCAAAAAUUCAUAUCAUAUCAUAUUUUAAGGCCAGAACCUUGUUCAAAAAACCCAGAAUUUACAAAUUUUCAUCGACUUUCCCUUGUUUUAUAAUCAAAAUCCCGUGAACGGAAAUGAUAAAACGAAAUGAGUCAUCAUCAAAAUCUCGUUAAAAAUCAGGUUUAUCAGUUCAAAAUGAACAAUCUGUACUUUGUAGCCUAGAAAAAUGGAAAACUCAAAAUUUCAAAGCAGAAAAAUCAGGAAGGAGCGGGCCGAGAAAAAAAAAAGUAUGGGCAAAUAUUUGAAGAGCCGUUCGACACAACACGUUUACAUGUGAAAAUCACAAAAAGUUUUGAAGAAAAUUCUUGUUUUUCACCUGAAAAUAGGUAAAAAAAUUCAACUAAAUAGUCCCAAAAAAAGUGCAGAAAAAAAUUCAUUUUUUUCGGAAAAAAAAAAAAAAUUUUUUUCUAGCUGAAUAAACUUUUUCUGACCUGAAUAAAAACGAACAAAAAAGCUGAAAAAUAUCGAAAGGUCCGUAUUUUCGAGAAAACCGCUCCGCCGCCCAGGUGUGGGUGUGCUGACGAUGACGUGGCCGAAUAUUUUUUUUUUCGCCGCGCGAACGGCAAAAAAAGAAAGGGGGCGUGGCUUGGUUGCAGGUAGAUGAAGCUUGAGAAUGGCUAACAUGAGCAAUAGUUAAAGAACAUCUUUUUUUAUUUGACUGUAUAUGUACUAUAUGCUUGAGGAUUCGAAAAAUAAUGUUGUGGGAAUUACAUGGAAACAAAAAAAAAACAGCAAAAAAGUUUGAUGGCCUUGACAAGAGUUGAACCCGCGAUGUCAAAAUGGCAAGCGAACGAUUACGCGCUGCGCCAAGGGCUCCAGGGAAGUUUAGGCCGCAUUUUUCGCGAAUUUGUAUGAGUUUGGGUCGCAAAAAAAUUUGGUUUUUUUAUCGUUUACUAUAUUAUAAAGGCCAAGGAAAAGCUGAAAAAACAACAAAAAAAAAACAGAAAUUUUUAGUAAAUUCCAAAAAGACCUCAAAACUCUACUAGAGAAUUUCCAAAUUUUGAAAAAAAAAACUAGAGAAUUUCCAAAUUUUGGAACUUUUUUCCCGAUGAAGAACUCGAUCCGAACCCAAACAAGGAGGCUGAAAUCUAUUCAAAAAAUCUUUUGCCGCCGCGCCAGACAGGAUUUUCCGGCUAAUUCCAAGCCGUCGACGUCAGCAGUUUUUUUUUCUCGUUCUUUUUGGCUUUUAGAUUGUAUCCCUACGGCACUUUUAAGCUUUUCCAAAGGGGGGAAAUAGUGUCAAGAAAAGGGAAGUUUUAUUGGAUUGGAGCCUUAAAAUAGGUACUGAAGUAAACAAGUUCCCUUGAAAUACCCAUUUUGUGACUCGGAGACGAUCAAACUACAUACACUUCCGGCGAAAACUUUUGAAAAAAUGCAUAAUUUUUUCCAAACAGUCGUGUAUACGAAAUUUUUCCCAUGUUCAAUUUAGAAACGCCAGAGUGGUCCCUAUAGUGGUUAGGGAAAAAACAGCCUCUAAAAGAGACGAAAAAGUGACCCCUAUAUGGGCAAAACUUGAGUGUUUACCGUAGGGCUUCAGGGUCGGAUUUCUGAGCCCCUGAUGCUCAAGUGGUCCCUAAAGGGUCUUUUAACUUUGAUUUUAAAAAUUGAAGAGGGAAAGAGAACAGCUUGCCACUUUUAAAAACUUUAGUUGCCCCUAUAGUGGAGGGAAAGUGGCCCCUAAAGGGGAACCUUCAAGUGCCCUUGAGCUAGCCCCUAUAGAAACCACUUGGGAGGUCCUAAGUCACUUGAAAAUUGAAGAAAAAAGUUCAAAAAUAAAUGACGCAUUUUAUUUUCGGAGCUUUCUUUCCAGUUUCAAAAAUGCUUUUUUAAAAAGACGUUUAUUCGUUCUCAUUCCUAUGCGAAAAAACAAAACUUUCCCUUCAAAUUGAGGUAAUUCGUCUUCAACGACUUCAAUAUUAUUGGCAGAAAUUCGAAAAAAAAUGGAAAUGUUUUUUUCGGAAAAAAAUGAAACAAGAAGACACAUUGAAUAAUAAAAUUGGAUUGGAUUUCCUUUUUUUAUUUGAAUAAUUUCAUAGCAACCGAAACGUUUUUUUGUUUUUCUAUUUGAUGAGAUGGAAAAUUUUUUUCGAGAGCGGGAGAGAGCUUUUUUUCCAAUCUGUUAUUUUUUUAUUUUUCAGGAAAAAUUGUCAUUUUCGAACUUAUCUAAUUAUACUGAAAAAGCUGAGAUUAAGCUUCAAUGAUAAAAAAAUACCAAUAAUGAAAUGUAAAAAUUUCGUGAUUUUUUUAAUGAAAUUUCAUGAUUUUUCAAAGACUCAAGUUUGUACUGAAUUUCUGAUUUUUUUACCAGUUUUUUUCUUUCCGAAAAAAAUAUUCUCGGUUUUUUUAGGUAUCCACAAAAUCAAUGGCAGGACGAGGAAGCGAAAAAAAUGGCAAAUCUGUGGAAUUUUUUUGUUCGCCGGGGGCAAGAAAAUGGUUCUUGAUGGGGAAGUUCUGCGCGAUUUUUGGAAUGGUUUGAAUUUUUAAAAAGUGAAAAAAAUUUUUAUAUUUUUUUAUAAUAUGAAAUAUGAAAGCUUUAUGAUUUCGAAUAUUAUUAAGUCGUAAAAACAGCAUAAAAACUGCGCCAGACCAUGAAACGGCUUACGCGAGCGGAAAAAAAUUAAAGAUUAAAAAAAUUCCUCAGAGGAAGAAAAAGAUAACUGAAUUUGGAAGAGUUAGAGAUAAUUUUUUUAACUUCACGGAAACACUUCAAACAUGGCGCAAAGCAUUAUUUAAAAAAAGGCGCGAAAUUCAAAAUAAAAAGGAUUUCGAAACAUUUUUUUAUGAAAUUUGUCUAUGCUCCUUUAAAAGGCCAAUAAGAAGUCCCGAACAAAAUAUACUCAAAAAAAUUUCGAAAACCUGUUUUUCGAGCCAUAAAUCAAAUGAAGGACCUUUGAAAAAUACUCGAGAACCAGCGAAAAGACGAAUUUUCUCUCUUUUCGGGCGCCACUUUUCGCGCCCUUUUCCUUUUGUGUUCGGCCUCAUUCAAUACAAAAAAGAGGGACAGAGAGAGGUUGGAAAAAAGAGAAAAAUGGUCAGUUCGAGUGAGAGAAGGUACUUUGGAAAGUUGAGGUUAUUGAGAAUUUUGCUUUUUGUUGGAUCCAAAUUUUAAAACUUUUUUCGAGAAGAUGAAACUUUUCAUAGUGAUGAGUUGAUAGUUAAAAAACUUGAAAUAUGCUAAAAUUUGAUUAAAUGUCGUUUUUCGAAGCUUAAAAGUCACUUUUCAUGAAUUUUUUUUUUCAAAAAAUAGGGCCAAAAUCAGAUUUUUAUUAACUUAAUGGUUUUCCGUGAACUGUUUCCGAUUGAAUAAAAUAACCGGAAAAAAAUUUAAAAUUCAAAAAAAUUCAUUGAUUUUUUUUUAAAAGAAGUCUUAUUCAAUUCACGAAAGAAACUCUGAAAAAACCAUUCAAAAGUCAAAAUUCUCAACCAAAAAAAAACCUGGUGGCACCAUUUUUCAUCAGCAAAAAAUCCAAAGAACGAGCGACCAUAAAAGCUAACCAUAUAUGUGAUACGUGAGCAGGGAAAAAGCUUGAUAAGAAGUUGUCAAUAUUAUCAGAACAACAGACGGCCUUUAUCAGUAUUUUUCGUUGAGAAAUUAUGGAAGAUAACGGGAUCGGAUGACCAGAAAAAAGGUCAUUUGAACUGGAAAACUUGGGUGAAGGAAAAGAAACGUUCAUUUGAAAAAAAAGUACAUUUUCAGUGAUAGAAGACUCGAAAAAUCAUAGACAGAAAAGGUUUCGGAAGGGAAUUUUAGUUUUCAAAAAAAGGAAAAGAGUUUGAAAAAAAACAUUCUUUUUUUAAAAAUCGGUUCUAGUGAAGUUAGUGAGUUGUGGAGAGCGAAUAAAGUGAGAAAGCUAAGGAAAACAGUCUAAAACUAUUCUUGAGGGUGUUUUGAAGUUUUUCAACAUAAAACGGGGUGUUUUUCGAACAAAAAUGACCUUAUAUAGUCCAUUUGAAUGACGAGGCUUCAAAACGCAAGGGCCUGCCGAAAAAAAAGUCACUACGCUCUUACUAUCGGGGUGGUGAGGGGCUGAUUAGGUUUUUUGGAAAGCCAAGACUUUUUUCAAGAGGAGAAAAAGUUUCUGAUUGAAAAUCGACGUUUUUGUAUGAUUGAUUUAAAUAUGAUUUUUCGAAUCUCAAGAGAAAAAUUUUCCUUUUCACGAUUUUCGGGUUUUCGCUCACAAAUUUGGUCUGAAUCGAGCAAACCUUCUUUUUCUCUGGAAAUAAGUUACUGCAUAGCUGUUUGAAAUCUGUGUGAAGUUUCAAGUCAUUUGAGCAACUUUUAGAGAAUUUAUGCUCGAAUAAUCACUUUGAAAUAAUUUUAUGGCUAGUACUGCGUGUGAGAGAAAGGACAAAAAAGCGUCAAUAUGAGGAUUAUAAGGUCAGAGAAAAGUAUAUGGCUCAAGAGUUCUACAAAACUUGCUUUUUCGAUGGUUAAACUUGGUUCAAAGACGGAAAAAUCGGUCACAUGGACAAAUAUUGUUUCAGGAUUUAAUUUACACUUUCAAAAUACAUAAAGAGCUUUAAAAAAAGACAAAAUAUGUGGAAAAGGUCAAAAAAGAGCGUAAAUAGGAGGAUUAUAAGGACACAGAAAAGUCCGAGGUGACAAAUAAUGGUGGAAUUUUGUAGUUUUCGUGGUUUAUUGUUCUGUACAUUUUUUUAUUUUUCGACCAGACUGAAUGAAUUCAGGCUGAGAAUCAUCAGGAAAAAUGAUAAAUCGAAACUAAAAAUGAAAGGCAAAGAAAGUGAUUUUUUAAAAACUGAUUGAAAAUUAUAAAAGUCCGCUUUUUGAGAUAGUAUGUAAUAAAUUGAGAAAAAAAAAGUAAAAACAUUCUCAAAAAAAUCUAUAGGCUUCGAGAAGUAUCUGCAAAAAAAAAGUGAGUCUAAUCACACGUUUCCAGGAACCCCAGAGUGGUCCCUAGAGUGGCAACUUUAGGGGCUCUUGUAGAUUCCCUUCAAGGGACCACUUUACCUCUCUUAUAGCUCGCAAAAGUGGCCACUCCAGUGGUUGGAGUUAGUGGCUACUAUAGAGGGACAUCCUAUACGUCUUUUUGAUGUUCAAGUCAAAAGAAAAAAUUAAAAUACCUCUCAAGGGUCCACUCAAGCUUUAAGGGCCCAGGAGUCAAACCCUAAACCUCUAUAGUGACCACCCAAAUUUUAUUUUUCUAGGGAGUACUAUUUUUCCCUUGAAGCCCUACAGUGACCCCUUCUGGUGUUGCGCAUGAACUCCAAACGCCGCAUCACCCCUAAAGCUGCCACUAAAAUUUUUAGUGGUCUAGUAGUAGCACUUAGAUCUCUAUAGUGGCCAUUAAUUUCUAACCCCUCAAGUGGCCACUAAUUUGACUACUACAGUGACCAAUAAAAACGUCAAAACCCUAAAGUGACCACUCAAAAUUUUGCCAGCAAAUUUUCCCAGUACGUUUCAAGCCGAAAAAAGAUUAUUAUAUGACCUCAUACUUAAUCAACAAAAUGAAUAAACUAACCGAUUCCAGCGCAAUCGUCCUCCCUUGGUCGACCUGACAGCGACGAGUCCCAGGGUGGCCCAGCUCCUCGAGAAAAUCCUCACUGAACGAAGUCUUCCCUCCACUGGAGUCACGAUUGUGGAGCUCGCCGAGCUGCUCAACAUAGCCACGGUUCUCGGGAUCACCCAUCUGGUCAAGGAGUUCAAAAAGGUUGCUUUUUGGGUACGAAAACUUUUGAAAUGAAACAGAGGAAAGAUUCUGAAAGCACUAGAAAUCACCUCGAAAAAAGAAGAGUUGACGAAAAAUCAUCAAAAAACGGGAAGGGAAUGAUGACGUGGGGAUUUCCGAAAUCGAAAUUUGAUAAUUUUUAACUUAUUCAAAUAGUCUCUUUGAGGGGAGUUAAAAAGGCAUAGGUAGGGACCGCAGACGAAUUUUCAAAAAAUUUUUUUCAGCAUUGAGCUUUGUAUGGUUCGAUAGCUGUUUCGAUUCAAAACUCAGAACCGUUUAUUUUUUCAAAAAAUAUUGAGGAUGAAAAAAGUUAUGACGGAAAAUGUGGCGCGCCGCGCACCAUUUUUUUAGUACUGAAAUUUUGGUAUUAUCCAUUUUUGACAUUUUUCUCGAUGUUUCUUCUCGAACAAGUUUCGAUACUGGUCUAUUAUGAUGUAAAAAAUCAUAAUAGAGUGCUAAAAUUAUGCUAAUCAGCUAGUUUGCCGAAAAAGUCGGUAUUUUCCAGAAAACAAAAAACUGACGCUUGCGGGCAUCGAACUCGCGACCUCAAAAUGAAAAAUCGCAGCGCACCCGCUGCGCCAAGCUAUUAGGUCCAACGCGGGGAGCUUCCAUCCGCCAUACCCUUGAGCCGUUUGGAUAGUACAGAUUGCCUAUUUCAAAAAAAUAAAAAAAUUUGAAGUAAUUUAGCUAUUUUUUUAUCAGAAUAUGUUCGCAAAUUUUUACUCAAACGUUUUCGUGGAAAUUCACUUCGAAAAAAACUGUUUUUUUAGUGCUUUUUGCCUCGUUAAACGAUCGCUGCAUUAAAAACGGCCCCGUAAAUUUUUUUGGCAAAGACGAAUUUUUUUAUUUUAUUCUUUUUAAUUGAAAGAUUUUUUUACUAAUAAAUGUAUAUAAUCGUUUGAAAAAAACCUGCGUUCGACCGCUUUCUGUGUGAUAAACGCCGCUAAUUUUUAUUCUCUAGUUUCAAGAGCAUUUUUUUGCGUAUUAAACAACUUUUUUUCAAGCACAGAUGCUGUGGAGAAAAAAAUUUAAGUAAGCUCAUGAUCUAAAUUUAAAAAAAACAACAAACUCGAUUAUAUUCGCUUAUUAACGAUAUUUUGAAUUAUGACUUUCGGCGCUCCCUAAAAUUUUUGGCAAAGACGAAUUUUUUAUUUUAUUGUUUUAAAAUUACCGUUACUUGAAUCAAAAUCAUUAUUUAAAAAAAGAAAGAGUGCGUUCGACCUGAAAACACAUGAAAAAGCAAAAAACGACAAAAUUUUUUAGUUCUAUUCACGUUUUUGUACGACAUUCCGCGAGAACGCAUCAAAAAAGCGUGAAACAUUUUUUAAACGAAAGAGGAAGCUUUUCUGUACAUGUGUGUCAAAUUUUAUUAGCCAGUUCCACAUAUUUUUGCAACUACAACAAAAUUAAAAUUGAAAACCAAAAAAAAGCCACUUUUUUCUAUCGCGAAAAGGGGCGUGGCUUUGCGGUCCCUAAGGCAUAGGGGCAGUAAAAAAAUGGGGUUUCAGGUGAAAGCAGUAUCUUUAUACAGUUUUUUUCUUUGCGAAUCGGAUGGUGUACUCAAAAAAAAUUACAGAUGUGACAAAUUUAGUAGAAAAAAAUGCGAUUUUACUUUCCCUGCCUUUAAUUUUUGAAAAAAAGCUUUGGAUCGGUCUACGGACAAAUGUUUACAGUAGCCGUGCACGCGAUGUUGCGGAAGUCUCAUUAGACUCGCUUUUUGUGAGAAAUAACUGUAUAUCUGCUUCAAAUCAAGGAUUUUUUCUCUGAAAAAUCGAUUAAGAAAACAGAAAACACACAUUGAUAAUAAAGAAAACACAAAUAAUCGCUACCCCAAUCGAAACCUAUGUAAAAUCAUCAUUUUUCACCAGAAAAGCAUUUUUGCGAUCAAAGUUUGCAAAUUAUACAUGAAUAGAAAGCUUUUCUGACGAAAACAACUUUGGUGAAAACAGAAAAAAUUGAAAAUUGAAAGAAACGAAGAAAAAAGCGAAAAUCCGGAAGAUGGCGAUGCUUGUUGUCCAUAGGGCGACUUUACUGCAAAGCGCCCUUUUCGCGGGAACUCAAGCUUUCAUUUCUCCAACUUUGAAUUAUUUUUUCUCCAAAACUAGGAACUUCUGUACGUUUUCAAGUUAACCGUUCGAUUCGCAAUGAAAAGCUCUACAAAGUACUGCUUUGAACUGAAACACCGUUUUUUACUGCUCCUAUGCCUUUAAGUAUUUUUCUGGUGAUCACAUUAUCGCUUUCAACUAAACCACUCAUCUUGAAAGCGUCAUUAAACUUCAAACGAAAUAAAAAUUGAAAAAUGGAGAAAUAGGGAGGAAAAAAGAGGCAAGUGCGCUCUAUAGAACAGCAAAGAAUUUAUGACGCGAAACGGACGUGUCGGGGCAUUUCUAGUGAGCACUUCAGUAGUUUCAGCCCUCUUAAGUGGUCCCUAGAAUCGCCCAGAAACGUCUGGAGCACGUCCUUUUUGCGUUAUGAAUGUCCGAGUUGGUAAAGCGAAACGGACAUGCUCCGGACUUUUCUGUGCGAUUUUAGUGACCACUUUAGUAGCGUCAGAACCCUUAAGUGAUCCCUAGAACUGCUCAGGAAAGUCCGGUUCACCGAGGUCCAUGAAAAAAAAAACAUUCAUUUCGAAAUUUUCCAGACUCUGACCAGCUUCUGGAUCACAGACGACGCCUUGGCCUUGCCCCAGGCUCUGAGUUUGGCCAAGAGUCUUUCUUUUGACGACGUCGUUGAGCAGGUUUUAUAGCCUAUUCCGCGCCAGCUUGUCACGUUUUUUUUUUGUGGCAAAGUACCGUACACCUUGGCGGAUCCGGGGGUACCAUAAUGUGUCCAGAAAGACACCUCUCAAAAUGAAUCUAGAAUGUCCCACAAUGUAUCCAUCGGGAGACCUCUGGUAUACCUUUUAGCUUUAUCUAAACAAUACCUGAGGUCCUUGAGAGGUAUACCUGUGGUACCGGUAUAUAUACAAAAUACGGAAUUUCACAGAUGGUUUUGAACUUUGUGAAAAUUAAUUUGAACACGGCAUGUGCGAGAGCGCCUCAGUGCAUGCACCUUACACACUGCACUUUACGGAAAAAAUAUGGAGCGUCGUCAAAAAACGCUAUGCAACAACAUUUUUCGUCUUUUUUGAAGAAGUUGAUAAUAAAUUUUUCAGCUGCUCCCGAAAAUCGCCAACAAUUUCGAGCACUGCUACCAACCUUUGCUCAAAUACGUCAAAGAUUUCAAGCUUCUGGCUCAAGUUGCCUCGAGGUUUUUUUCAUUUCAAACAACUUUCGGAGUACUUCAAAAAAAAAAGCUACUUUCAAAAAGUUUCUCUGGAAAAAAAGCUGGGAACAUUUUUCGAAAAAAAGCCCUUUUCAUCAUUUUUUUGCCACUCUUUGUCUUUAUUUUUUGGUUUUUUUCCUGAAGAUUAUAAAAAUCCGCUAAAUUUUUUUAACUGACUCAUGAGUCUUUUCUGAAUCCCUAAAUCUCAUCCUAAUUUUAAUUUCAGGUGCGAUCUAGAAGUCUCGGAUGAGUUUCAAGUGGCUUGCUUCGUUUUGGACUGGAUCCAAGCCAAUCAUUCCGUUGUUGUUGACGAGUUUCAGUUAAGGACGUGAGUAUGACCAAAUUAAAAAGCUCAGAAGGUUUAUUGAAGGUUUUUAUCAAUUAAAAACAGGAGGAUGAUCUUUUAAACUAUUCUUAAAACGAACUUUCUAACGUAUUCGUUUUUUUCAGCAAGUUUCCAGCUUUUAUCAUAAAUUCUUGAGAUUAUCGAAUAAAUUUCUUGGAAUUUGAUGCAAAAAUUGUCGGUUAUGUUAAAAGUCGUAACAAAAAAACGACCAUGAUUUCAAAAAUAAAAGAUUCGUUAAAAAAAAAUGGAUUCAAACGUAGCAAAGAAACAUUUCAGUUCAAAGAUAAAAAAGGUAAAUAACCAACCUGCUCAGAAAUUAGUUCCAAUUUUGGAAAAUGCUUAUUGUUAGAUCAGCCGUAGCGGAUAACUCUUUCGAAUAAAGAAUGAACGAACGAAAAAUAAAAAAGAAGAAACGCUGAAUUUUCGAAAUUUUCUAACUACCCCUGAUGCGUCGCUGUGUGUGCAGAAUUUUAAAAUACCGUAAACCAUAAAAAUCUCCUUUUUGUUUUCCUCUCCCUUUUCUAACUUUUUUAUAAGAUAUUGAAGGCGUUUUCAGUUGUGAAAGAGAUUUAUAGAAUAUUACUGACUUCUUUUUUGAUUUCAGGCUCUGGAGAUCUGUUCGAAUGACUCGAUUGACCGAAGAACAGCUCGCCUUGUGCUCGCAGAUUAUGCCAGCAGAUCAACAGAGAAUGGUGAUAAGUGCUUUUUGAGGAGUUUCUUGAAGCCUUUUAUCAUCUUUUUCUUUUAAAUUUUCAAUUCAGUUUUAAUCAUAGUUUCCUCGGUUUUAUUCCCUAAUUUCGGCCUUUGGCGGUAAAUCAAAAAUUUUGAAACGAACCGAAUAUAUUAUACGUUAUUUCAGCUUGACAAUUUUGGUCAACCGCCGGCUGUAUGUUCUCACGAUCAUUCGGCGGGUCCAAGCAAACGUUGUACUGGGUUUUCGGAGUGCGUUUUUUUAUUUCUAUUGAUACUUUUCGCGUUUCCAAAGCCAUCCUGAUAGCUAUAAAGGUUCAGAAAGAUUCAAAAUUUUAGAAAUUUAGUCAUCAGAAUUAUAAUUUUCAACUUCUUGGACCGGUGGUCGGAUCGAAAUUCCAUUAAACAAGACAUUUUAGUGAAAUUAUUUCUUUUCUUUUCUUGAAAUUCCCAGUUUCCAAAGCAGAAAAUUCAUUUUUUUAAACUAUAAAUAAUAAAUUAGGUUUUUAAAAAAAGCAAAAAAAUCUUGAUUUAAAAAAAUGAAAAAGUAAAACAGAGUUACUCGAGUGAUUCUUUGAUUUUUUUGAACUUCUGAGUGUAUUUUUUUCCUCUUGGGACAGUUCCACGCUUCAAAAAUCUUUUUCAUGAAGUCAACUAAAUUUCAAUUUUUUUCUGUUCGCAAAGGUUCAUAUGUGCUUCAAAAAAUCACAGCAGGAAUUUUUUUUUUCUGAUUCGGAUAAAAAAAAUGGAAAGAAAACAAACCUACUUUAAUACGCAAAAUCUUCAAUUUCAACUCAAAAUUCAGAUUUUAUCAGUUUAAAACAUCUUCAAAACGAUAAUCCGAAAAAGAAAUAAUAAAUUGAAAAAUUAAAAAGUUUCUUCAUGAAAUCAUUAUUCUAGAAAAAGUUUUGGAAGAGAAAAACAGAUUUUUUUCAGAAUCCCCCGGUCUUUUUUGGAUCUGAACGAAGACGUUCCGGAGAUAGAAUUCCGUCCUCCGGCUUCUCAGGGCCAGGCGACCUGGUCCCAGAAGCUCAACGUCUUCCCCAACACCAGACAAAAGAUCAAAAGUGUCGUCGGCCAAGGAGUUCAAACCCUCCGACGGACUAUUCGGAUCCGACGUCAGAAUAAUUGACUUUAUGGUUUUUUUUUCAAUAAAUCUUUAUGUUUUUUCGUCAAACUUUUGUUCAUUUUUAUCGUUCAGUGGCUGUAAAUUGAACUUUCAAACCCAAAAUUGACAAUUUCAGAGUGAAUUCUUCCAUUUUUGGGCUCGUUUUUCAGAAGGUCAGUUGAAAAAGACGCAGAAAAAUGUCAUGGAAUUCUGAAAAACUGGGAAAUUUUUUAGUGGCCACUAUAGGGUUUUGACGUUUUAGUGGCCACUGUACUAGUCAAAUUAGUAACCACUUAAGGGGUUAGCAAUUAGUGGCCACUAUAGAGGUCUAAGUGCUACUACUAAACUACUAAAAAUUUAAGUGGCCACUUAAGGGGUCAAUGGGUCAACCUAACUGGUCCAAUCUGUUUGUUUUAAAAUCAUCAGAGUUACUGGAAGGAAUACUGGAUGAAAAACUACUGAAGUGGCCACUAAAACGGAAAAUAGUGGCCACUCAAGUGUCCUCUCCAAGUAGCCCUUGGCGAGCCUCUAUAGUGGCCGCUAAAAACUUUCCCAGAAACUUUCCCUUGGUCCAAAAAUAUUUUUUUUUUCCAAAAUUUUGCUCUUUCUGAUGUUCCAAAUUUCGUGGUUUGUAGUCUUUUCACUGCACUCAAGGAGGUGCCGAGAAUGCGGAAGUCUACAAAAAAACCGGAAAAACCAGAAAAAGCGUCGCAGACCAAGGUGGAUAUAUUAUCAUGUCGCGUUUUUGAAGAAUAUAGUCUUUAAAUGAUACACAUUAAUGUUUAAAAGGAGAAAAGUAUACUUUGGAAUUAAAACGAUUUUUCUUCAACUAAAGCUUUUUACAAGCCUAAAGGGCCAAGGAGCGGUUUUUAGAAGUGGGCCCGACUUGAAACGACUUUUGCGUUGUGGCAUCGGAAAGCAUUGGAGAGCUGUGAAAGCUCAGAGUUGGCUGAAGUUCUAGACGAAAAUCCCGACCGCAACGCGACCGCGUCGCUUUGAGCCAUUCCAAUUGCGACCGCCGCUUCCAUAAUGAAAAAUGAAUUUUCAUAUUUUUCAUUAUUUUAUUUAUCCAAACGGGUUCAGAUAAUCGAAAAAAUAAUAAUUCUUCACCGAACAAAAGGGCGAUUGUCGGCCGAUAGCCGCGACGCCUCCCAUUCAAGAUAUUCCUUCUCUCCAUUUUGGUCGGACUUCUCUCAAUUCAGUUGAUCUCUAGAUUCUCAAUGAAGCGUAUCAUUUUAUUUUUAUCGUGUGUGUAGGGACCGCAAAGCCACGCCCCUUUUCGCGAUAGAAAAAAAGUGGCUUUUUUUGGUUUUCAACUUUCAUUUUGUUGUAGUUGUAAAAUAUGUGGAACUGGCGAAUAAAAUUUGACACACAUGUACAGAAAAAGCUUCCUCUUUCGUUUAAAAAAAUAUUUCACGCUUUUUUUGAUGCGUUCUCGCGGAAUGUCGUACAAAAAAACGUGAAUGGAACUAAAAAUUUUUGUCGUUUUUUUGCUUUUUUCAUGUGUUUUCAGGUCGAGACGCACUCUUUCUUUUUUUAUAAUGGUUCUGAUUCAAGUAACGGUAAUUUUUAAAACAAUAAAAUAAAAAAAUUCGUCUUUGCCAAAAAAAUUUUUUAGGGAGCGCCGAAAGUCAUAAUUCAAAAUAUCGUUAAUAAGCGAAUAUAAUCGAGUUUUUUUGUUUUUUCAAAAAUUUAGACCAUGGGCUUACUUAAAUUUUUUUCUCCACAGCAUCUGUGUUUGAAAAAAAGUUGUGUGAUACGCAAAAAAAUGCUCUUGAAACUAGAGAAUAAAAAUUAGCGGCGUUUAUCACACCGAAAGCGGUCGAACGCAGGUUUUUUUCAAACGAUUAUAUACAUUUAUUAGUAAAAAAAUCUUUCAAUUAAAAAGAAUAAAAUAAAAAAAUUCGUCUUUUGCCAAAAAAAUUUACGGGGCCGUUUUUAAGGCAGCGAUCGUUAAAAAGAGGCAAAAAGCACUGAAAAAAACAGUUUUUUUCGAAGUGAAUUUCCACGAAACGUUUGAGUAAAGAUUUGCGAACAUAUUCUGAUAAAAAAAUAGCUAAAUUACUUCAAGUUUUUUUCUUUUUGAAAUAGACAAUCUGUGCUAUUUAAAACGGCUCAAAGGGUAAGGCGGAUGGAAGCUCCCCGCGCUAGACCUGACAGCUUGGCGCAGUGCGUGCGCUGCGAUUUUUCAUUUUUAGGUCGCGAGUUCGAUACCCGCAAGCAUCAGUUUUUUGUUUUCUGGAAAAUACCGACUUUUUCGGCAAAAUAGCUGAUUAGCAUCAUUUUAGCACUCUAUUAUGAUUUGUUACAUCAUAAUAGACCAGUAUCAAAAACUUUUUCUAGAAGAAAAAAAUCGAGAAAAAAAUGUCAAAAAAAUGAAUAAUACUAAAAAUUUCAGUACUAAAAAUGGUGCGCGGCGCGCACAUUUUUCGUCAUAACUUUUUUCAUCCUCAAUCUUUUUCGAAAAACUAAACGGUUCUGAGUUUUGAAUCGAAACAGCUAUCAAACCAUACAAAGCUCGAUGCUGAAAAAAAUUUUUUGAAAAUUCGUCUGCGGUCCCUACGUGUGUGACUUUUCUGGCAAAUGGCUGUCUGAAGACAGUCCCGUCGGAAACGGCUACAUCACCGCCGUCUUCGGAUGUCCCAGUUACAGGCACAGAAACUGUGAGUUUUUUCUUGGUUGAUUCAGAUUCAGCUCUUACAAGCAAGGACAUUUUAUGUUUCGGUUAGGAAUUUCCUGAAAAUUGGUCAGAAGUCUUCUUGAUAUAUCAAAUGAAGAUUCUGAAAGUCUCAUCCAGUUAAACUUCCUAGUUUUCGAGAAAUGAAGGCUCAAAGGCCCGAAGUGUUUUAACACUUUUUUUUUCCCGAUUAUCAAUUUUAACAAAAUUGAGAAGAAAAAAAACGAGGUUUAAAAAGUUUCACAUGUUUUUUUGUGACCGACUCGGAAGUUUUUCUAGGACUUCGUUGAAAAUGUUAAAAAAAUAGAUUUGGAUUUAAAAAAACCUAUUUAGAAAGAUUUUUGAGCGUUUCAUUCGAUUUAGAGGUGUCCUUCCUCAAUAACUAUCAAGUCUAAUCCCAAUCUCCUACAUUCUAGGAAUUUUUUUGUGUUUUUAAAUUAUUGAUUUCCUUGAACUGAUUCAGAAAAUGAAGAAAUUUUUAAGUUGUAGGUUACCGAAACGCUAACCACUGCAACCACCCCAACGACAAUGACCACAACCGCCACAGUGACCACGACUACGACACCUGGUUAAUAUAUUUUAUUUCGACUUGGCUAUUUUUUCAUACUAAAAUCGCUCUAGUGCGAACUUGUACGUAGAUUGGACUCACAGCCGCAUAAAAAAAAAGGGAAAAAGCGCAAGUUAACCAUAUUCCAACCGCAACGCGCCCGCGCCGCUUCAAGCCAUUCCAAAUUCAACCGUAUCAAAUUGUAAAUUUCAGGAUGCCCUUGUUCUUUGGACUCGUUGAAGGUAGCCCCAAACACGAUGAAUAACGAAUAUACGCCAGUGAUAACGUAAAUUUAUUGAUUUUUUUUUUUGGGAUUUUUUGAGGCAUGGAGAAUGGCUUGGCGUAUGAUGAAAACAUUUCAAUCAAAACUCGAACCGCAGCGCGACCGCAACGCGUCGAGCCAUUCUCCAUGUGGUCAAAGCCUUUGAAACAAAUGACCAUAUUAAAUUCGUCGUGAGAUGGAAGGCCAAGUUGGCAGCAUGGAGAAUGGCUUAUGGCUAUUUUUUGUAUCACAAGCCGAUCCCAACGCGUCGAGCCAUUCUACGUGCGGCCACAGAACUUGAAACAAAUGACAUUAUCUCGUUCGCCUCACCUUGGAAGGCUAUUUUGAAAGCAUUGAGAAUGGCUAACGAUUUUUUUUUUGUAUCACAAGCCGAUCCGCAGCGCGACCGCAACGCGUCGAGCCAUUCUCAAUACGGCCAGAGCCUUCGAUACAAAUAAUUAUUCUUUCGUCACGACUUGAAACGGUUUUGAUCUCUUUUUUAUCGUCUCAAAGUUUCAUUUCACGGAUAUAAAACCAUUCUGGUGAGAGAAAAGAGAGCGCAGACAAGUCAGAACUUUUCACAAGCGGAUGAAGCACUCAACUUGAAAAAUUGAUCUUGCUAAAAAUUUCAGUGGAGAUAACUGCAUGGCCACUUUCACUUGCACGUCUCCAACAGGAGUCUGCACUGCAGCUUUGGUAAGUUUUUUUGUUUCUUUAAUGGUCGCACGGAGAAUGGCUCAAAAACGGUCAUUCUCCGGGGGGUCAUGAUUUUUUUUUUCAGCUAUAUUUUUUGAGUUUGUUUUUCUUCGAACAACGUCUCUUUGUGCUGUAGGAUCUCCUGGUCCCAUGAUAGGUGGAAAAAAAGUUCUCGAUUUUCGUAGGGUGCUCUAAAGUUUGUAAAGUACGUAGAUUAUUGAGGAAGGUAUUAUUUGAAGCUUUUCAAAUUCUCAAACGAAAAUCGAGAUUUGGUUCAUUUUUGAGAAAACGGUCAAAAUAUGAAUAACAUAAACUUUCCGACAUUCCUUCCAAAUUUUCAGGUUUUCCAAACGGAAGGGGGAACGGGAAUGAAUGUGAACGAUGAGUUUCCGGUUGCAACUCUCAUGGUAACGUGUACCGCGGGCGAAUGGACCUAUAUGCCCAAAGGAGGGGGUACGACCACCGGGUGAGUACUUUUCUUUCGAGUGAAGCACCAGAAAGAGAUCCCGAAGGGAAAAAUGAAGACAUUAUUCUUUUGAAGGGAGGGAGGUCAUUUUACUUUGCGAUCGGGAAUUUCUCGAAAAUCGGUUAGAACACCCCUAGAUGUACCGAAGAAGAUUCUGAAAGUUUCGACCUGCAAAACUUCCUAGUUUUCGAGAAAGAACACUUCGAGCUCAAAAAGAAACUCUGAAAGUCCGUUAUAGCCUGUGUACCACGACUUGGAAUUUCACGGAACGACAUUCCGCUGUGCCGCUGCGCUCCUUUGCGAACCGGUCGCGCUUUUAAAUUUUUUUUUUAUCAAGGUGCUCUACUUUCAUGUGCUCCCACAGCAAUAACAAUCAAUUGAAAGCGUGACCUUGAUUCGAAAGACGCUUCGCGAACGCACGCAGCGGAACAGCGGAAUGUCGUUCCGUGAAAUUUCACGUCGUGGCACACAGUCUAUAAAAUAGGCCAGCUUUGAGCCCUUAUUUCUCGAAAACUAGAAAAUUGGACAGGUUGAAACUUUCAGAAUCUUUUUUUGAUACAUCAAGGAGCGUUCUGGCCAAUUUUCCGGAAAUUCCCAACCGCAAAGUACAAUCAUCUUCCUUGUUGGCAUCAAAAAGAAACCACAAGAAAGUUAUUUGAAAACUAUGUUAUAUUGAAGUGUGACUUUCCAAUUUUUUUCACCAGGCUUCGAAAAUUUCACACCCAAGUUCGACUAAAAAGCUUUUUCGUUGAAAUUUAUAUUUUUUUUUUCAGAUUCGCCAAGAUUUCCUGCAAAGACAAGUCGCAAAAAUGCUUCGACUUCUAG